CGGGCUCAGAGGGAGCACAGGCAGGCAGGCAGGCAGGCAGGCAGGCAAGAAGCAGAUGAAGGAGAAUGAAUGAGACAGAAGGAACAUUCUGGAAGUUAUGAAGCUGCAGACGAGUGAAGCAGGAAGCUAAACCUCCGCCAGGCAGGGGAAUCCUCGCCAUGGCCGGCGUGUUGGAGGGCGGCAGCGUUGCCGUAGCGGCGGGGGCGUCCGGUGUGGAUUGGCAAAAGCGCUGCGUGGCCCUGGAGAUGCAGCUGCUCAGGUUCCGCCUUCAAGCGGGGAAGAUCCGGGAGCUGCUGGCGGAGAAGAUGCAAGAGUUGGAGCAGCGGGUGAUUGAGGCCGAUCAGCGCGCCCAGAGUGCAGAGAAGCAGAUCCACGUCAUGGAGGACAAGUUGAAGUCGGCCAACGUACAAAGCAGCGAGUCCGAGGGCUGCUUGUACAGGAAGUACCAAGACCUGACCAGCCAGGUCCAGGAGAAAGACGGCGUGAUAAAGAGACUCCAGAUCCAGCUGGGAAAACAGGUGUUAGUCCGAGCCCAGGAGGCAAAGAUCAUUGAGGAGAAGGCGAGCAAGAUUAAAGACUGGGUCACAAUCAAGCUUGGAGAGAUGCAAGAGGAGAACCAGCAGCUGAAACAAGCCAACCUGGAGCAGACUGAGCAGAUCAAACUGCUGCAGUACAAACUACAAGAUCCACAAGGUUCCUGUGGACACCAGACUAACCCCCCAGGAACAGACGCCCAGCAGCAACCUAUCAGUCCCCAGUCCGCUCCUCCCAUGGCAGAAGACAGCAAGAGACCACUAUGUGCCAAUAGAGAAGCCAAGACCUCAGCAGAAGACUUGAAAAGGACCCCAGAACUGUCCUGUAGGACUCCUCAAGGCCGAAGCAGUGGACCAGGGUCACCGGGGUGCACCGAGGGUCAGGAAGUGCCCUCGGACAGAAACAACGCCUCAGACGAGCUCAACAACAAAAUCCGUUCUCAGUCCUUCCACUCGUCUACCUCGGCUCACGCGGUAGUCCACCGUGGACCCGGAUCCCCCAAUUCUCCCCUCAAACUGGUUCCCAAAAGUCCGCCCUUGCCUCGCUCGCCCUCCACCACCGACAACCCCUUUCCGGAUCCGUCCCAGCCUCCCCAGUCGGGCGCCAGCAUGACCUUACCAAAGAUCCGGACCCCGCUGAGCCCCAGAGACAGCAUCCAGCUGGCGAAGAAGCACUUCAGUCAGCCUCAGCCCAGCCUGGACCGCCUCCACCAGCUGGUCAGCAUCGACAUCGCCGCGCCCUCGUCGGCUUCUUCUACCCUGACGAGCACCUGCACCACCACCACCGUCUCCCGGCUGGUGGAGGAAACUGACAUCGACAUGGACGGAGUGGUGGAAGGGUCCGGAUCAGAAUGCCUCACUCGGGAAGAAGGACCCUUUCCAGGCCUCGCAGAACCACUGGACCGCCUUGAUCCAGAAGUUCUGAAGCCACCGACACCACCUUUGCACCGCUUUCCUUCCUGGGAGAGUCGGAUCUAUGCGGUGGCCAAGUCUGGACUGAGAGUGUCCGAAGCCUCUCCAGGAAGCAGAGGUCCCGGUCUAAGGUCCGUCUCGCCCCAGACUCUGUCGGCGGGUCCGUGCACGCAGUUGAUGUACAAGAACAUCAAGGUUCCCGUCUACGCCGCGCUGAAAGGGAGGGCCACGCAGAUCAGCGCGGUGCCGCUCGGGGACGACGACUCGGGUUCCGAGGACGACGCCGGCUCUCUGGCCAGUCUGCGGACCUCCGUGCUGAACCCGGACAGGAAAGGCAGCGUCCCGGGGAGCCCCCGUGCGGUCAAAAGAGGUGUGUCCAUGUCCUCCAUUAGCUCAGAGAGCGAUUACGCGAUCCCACCCGACGCGUACUCUCUGGACAGCGACUACUCGGAACCGGAACACAAAGUCCAGCGGACUUCCUCAUACUCUUGCGAGAGCGCCGGGCCCGAGACGCUGGAGAAGUCCGGCUACCUGCUGAAGAUGGGCAGUCGGGUGAAGGCCUGGAAACGUCGCUGGUUCAUCCUGAAGAACGGAGAGAUUCUCUACUACAAAUCUCCCAGCGACGCCGUCAGGAAGCCUCGGGGUCAGAUCGAGCUCAACUCAUCUUGUCGCAUCCUCCGCGGCGAAGGAGCGCACACUUUUCAACUGCUCACGGAGAAGAAGACCUUCUACCUGACCGCGGAUUCGCCCAACAUCCUGGAGGAGUGGAUCCGGAUUCUGCAGAACAUCCUCAAAGUGCAGGCCAGCAGCCCGAUCAGCGCCGAGUUGGCGUCCGCCAAGCCCAGCGUCAGAGGCUGGCUCACUAAGGUGAAACACGGACAUUCUAAGCUGGUGUGGUGCUGCCUGCUGGGAAAGAUCUUCUACUACUUCCGCCAGCAGGAAGACAAGUGUCCUCUAGGUCAGCUGCAGGUGUGCGAGGCGAUGGUGCAGGAGGUGGAUCGCUCGUGCGACUCGGACGAGGACUACGAGGCGGGGGGGCGCGGCGUCCUGUCUUCUCACCACACCUUAGUGGUCAAGCCCCCCGACCAGAGCCCCACCUACCUCCUCAUCGGCAGCAAACAGGAAAGGGACACCUGGUUGUACCACCUGGCUGUGGCCGCAGGAAGUGGCGCCCGCUUGAAGGUGGGCACCGAGUGGGAGCGGCUCAUUGGCAGACUGCUUGAUGCCAAAGCAGACGCAGAGUCGUGCUUGUGGAAGAGCGAGGCCCUGACUUUCACCAAGGACGGUCUUUCCUCGCCUCUAACGACAUUACCCUCCCAAGCUCUGCAGACUGAGGCUCUCAAACUCUUCAAGUCCUGCCAGCUCUUCAUCAACGUGCCGCUGGAGUCUCCAUCGGUGGACUACCACACCUCGCUGGCACAGAACACCUUGCAGGUGUGCCUGGUGCACCCGGAGCUGCACAACGAGAUGUACUGUCAGCUCAUCAAGCAGACCAACCGCCGCACGCCACGCGAGCGCUCGCUCACGCAGUGCUGGCAGCUGCUGUCGCUGUGUGUGGCGCUCUUCCUCCCUCACCACCACUUCCUGUGGCACCUCAGGCAGCACCUGCACCGCAACGCUGACCCCAGGAGUGACGUGGGUAAAUACGCGGUGUAUUGUCAGCGCUGCAUGGAGAGAACGCUUCAGAGCGGCGAGCGCGAGGCCAAACCUUCACGCAUGGAGAUCGUGUCCAUCCUUCUGAGGAACCCCUACCAUCACUCCCUGCCCUUCAGCAUCCCUGUGCACUUUAUGAACAACACCUACCAGGUUGUGGGUUUCGAUGGUUCCACCACGGUGGAGGAGUUCCUCAACACGCUGACCCACAAGAUCCACAUGAGGUCACCUCAGCUGUCAGGCUUCGCUCUCUUCACUGACGACCCCUCUGGAGAAGAUCUGGAACAUUCCCUGCUACCGUCUGUUAAGAUUUGUGACGUUAUUUCCAAAUGGGAGCAGGCCCUGAAGGAGCUUCAUCCAGGGAAAAACGAGGGCACGCGAAUCGUACGCUUGACCUACAAAAACCGGUUAUGUUUGCGAUCACAAGUCAAAGGCCAGACAGAGCGAGAGCGCCUCCUACUGGCCUACCAGGUCAACCACCAUGUCCACCAAGGACACUUUCCUGUCAACAAGGAGCUGGCACUGGAGGUGGCUGCCCUCAUGGCACAGGUGGAUCAGGGUGAUUUGGAGCAGCCAUCUUCCCAAGCCAAAAGUCACGUGACGGUCCUGCAGAUGUUGGAGCGCUUCUACCCAAAACACUACAAACAAGACUGCAGCACAGAAGAGCUCAGAGAAGUUGCUGAGCGUCUGGCAGCUAAAUGGUGCAAGUUAGGAGGAUGCAGCACGUCUGAGUGUGUGAGGACUUACCUGACGGUGGCACGCACCUGGACUCUGUUUGGUGCCAAGCUGUUCAGCGUCAAGCCUGUCAACUCCUUCCCUCACCAGCAGAGUCCGGCCUGGCUGGCCGUCAAGGAGGAUGGACUGUGUGUGCUGGACUUCACUAUGCACACGCUGGCUUCAUACGCCUACCAGUCAGUGGUCACGUUCGGGGGCUGCUGUGAGGACUUCAUGCUGGUCAUCAGCCAGCAGAAGGAGGCUGCAAGUGGGAAGAAAUGUGUGGAGAAGAUGCUGUUUGCUACAACCAAACCAAAGAUCCUGGAGCUGACUCUCCUCAUGGCAAGUUACAUGAACAAUCACUGGAACAUGGGGGCCCCACUCCCUCACUGGGAUGUUGACAGCAAGAACUUUCCCGCCAUGGACUACACCACUAAGGUGCCCACGCUGCUCUGAUUUAUGUUAGGGCUACAGUACUAUUUUUACACCAUAUAUAACAUUGCAUUUUUUUAAAUGAAUAUGCUAAUUACACUC